AUGUGGACGGGACUUUACGACAGAGAACAAGACGACGCGUCCGUGGCUCAGUAUCGCUGGCAGGGAGACUGUAGCCCACUUGGCAGCUCCACUCUGUGGUAUAACAACGAACCUAAUCACCAAGAUGUCGACUUCUGUGUACGACUAGACAGAGAUGACUUUCAAAUCCGUACAACAAAGUGCAAUAUGAUGUCCUGCGUUGUGUGUCAGAAGGAAGAAGACGAGUGCCCGUUCGAGACGCUGGAUGGUCGACUGAUCACGGAGACGCACGUCAACGUGUCGAGUCAGGACGUUGCUUCCUGUCAACGACUGUGUCGGACUACAGACGCAGGAGACACGGAGUGUGCCGCGUGUGACUACACACCCAGUCUCAGUCUCUGCAGGAUGGCCAUGAGGAGCACCCUGUAUAUAGGAGAAGAACAACCGGCGACAUCGGCGUCGGCAUCUUCCACUGUCUACAUCAAGAGAUGCUUCAUAGUUGAGUUGAUAGCUCGUAACGACGGUACUACUGCUGCAACUGCUAGUACUGGAAUUGGCAUUGUUACAACGUCUGCUGACACCUUUUCUGCUGCUGCUACAACUCCGCCUACAGCUAUUUCAGCUACUACUACUACUGCUACUGCUACUACUACUACUACUACUACUACUACUACUACUACUACUACUGCUACUACUACUGCUGCUGCUUCUACUACAGCUGAUCCUACUACAACUGCUGUUAUACCGUCUGUCAAUACUCCAACGAUAACGGAACCUACCAAUCAUGACAGCAGUACAACUGUUUUAACCACAAACACAACCCUGGGACUCGUUUAUGGCUUGCAAAUCUGUAAUAGUUCAGUGCGUGGGGCAGUAUGUAUUUGCCGAAAGCGAGAAACUUUGUUUGAUUGGAAGGAAGAACAGAAACUCCUUCAUCUGAAGAAGAAGUUACUAUCGUCCUACCGUCGAAGCAAGACAUCAGUUGCAGAUGAUCGACCUUCGGCCAUCAGCAUCGGGACCAUUGGAACCACUGUUAUCAUCAGUGUUGUUCUUGCUGUUGCCUCCACGGACUUCUACAGGUGUUGUGUAGGCUUGUUCCAGUUAAAGAGGGCGAUAUUUAAGUGACGCCUUAGUGGUAAUAACAUGGUCAAGAACUGUUAAGCAUGCACUUAAAUUUUCAAUCAUAUUUAUAGUUUAAACAACUGCAAUACACUUACGCCAUUGAGGUACAUUGUGUGUGAACAUACCUACUCGACCGUAAUUAUGUUUAAGGACCUUAUUCCUGUUGUUUAUUUUCCACUGUCGAUACAGUUCGAUACACUUAUAGAAGCGUGUGUAAUUUGUCCUGCAUUAAGCGGACCCUAACAACACGCUGUCUUAUUCUCUUGGAUGACGUUCUCAUGAAUGUAUCGACCGCGAGGAUGUGAUGACAAUAGUAGCAUACAAACAAAGGCACGUUAAGGAACAUUUCAGGAUCUUGUCCUAACACGCCUUAAUUAACUCGUUUCACUCAUACUUUAAUAUACUGUACAACAAAAGUUGAGGAUCAUGAAUAUUUUUGGGGAUUGGUAGUGAAGACUAAGCACUCAAUUUCCUAAACAUGUCACCCCAAAUAUUAAUGAUCCAAAUCUUGUUUUGUUCGGCAUGACUUAAACGGUUGACAUGAAAAAACAAAACAUAACUAGCUUUGUCUAGG